AUGCACCAAGCAAUUCCCUUCAGAUCAUGGCGCCCUCUCCAUAACCCCACCACCCACUUCACUCCACUCCCAUUAAUUACACAUUCCCACAACCAUGAUCAUAAGAAGAGGAACAAUGUUACCAGCAAUGAUCAUUCUUCGUCACCCAAAGAGGAAACAAUGGUGCUCAACAUGGUUUCCGAGAACGCGGUUAUAGUGGUUGGGAGGAGAGGGUGUUGCAUGAGUCACGUCGUCAAGCGCUUGCUUCUGGGUCUUGGUGUUAACCCUGCGGUUUAUGAGGUGGAGGAGAAGGAUGAAGCCAGUGUUGCCACGCAAUUGGAAGCAACGGUUCGGAGUGAUGGAAUGCCACCGCAGGGGAAGGUGCAGUUUCCGGUGGUUUUUAUCGGUGGGAAGCUGGUUGGAGGGUUGGAUAGGAUCAUGGCCACUCAUAUUUCUGGUGAACUGGUUCCUAUCCUCAAACAAGCUGGGGCUUUAUGGCUAUGA